UGGAUUAUAACGAGUCACAUGACCUGGUUCAGGUUAGUGUCACUAACAGUGUAACGAAGCCGUGUGUAGCUCAUACAGCAGUCAGCGAGCAUCACAAACCUGCCCAGUGAGGAAAAACACAACGGCUUAAAAAAAAGUCCCAGCGUUCCUUUUUAAGAAGCAAACGUUUGUUUUAGGUUUUUGUUUGUUUGUUUGUUUGUUUGAUAGCCCACACGUGACCCGUCGUCCCCAAGGUCCGGUUCUUCCUUGUUGAGACGUGUCGUUACCAUGGAUACAGCAUGAGUGACACUGAAAAUGAGCCCAGCUCCUAGUGUUAAGAGACAGAGAGGGUUCAGUGUGAUGCUUGAACAUUGUGAUGAAUGAAUUGUGUGUGUGUGUGUGUGUGUGUGUGUGUGUGUGUGUGUGUGUGUGUGUGUGUGUGUGUGUGUGUGUGUGUGUGUGUGUGUGUGUGUGUGUGUGUGUGUGUGUGUGUCGACAUGCCGCUCGCACAGCUGGCUGACCCCUGGCAGAAGAUGGCCAUAGGAAGUGAGGAGACGCAGCAGGUCUUAGACGAUUCUCUAGGAGACGACGACAAUGUGCCUUGUCAAGAUGAUGUGCCGGUGAAGGAGAUCAGCAUCACGCAUCAUGUGAAAGAGGGAUCGGAGAAGGCCGACCCCCAACAGUUUGAACUGCGCAAGGUCCUGGGCCAGGGCUCCUUCGGGAAGGUGUUUCUGGUCAAGAAAAUCACCGGGCCGGACGCAGGACAGCUGUACGCCAUGAAGGUGCUGAAAAAAGCCACACUGAAAGUACGUGAUCGCGUCAGGACUAAGAUGGAGCGAGACAUCCUGGUGGAGGUGAACCACCCGUUCAUCGUCAAGCUGCACUACGCAUUCCAGACCGAGGGAAAGCUUUAUCUGAUACUCGACUUCCUGAGAGGAGGAGAUCUGUUCACUCGUCUAUCCAAAGAGGUGAUGUUCACAGAGGAGGAUGUGAAGUUCUAUCUAGCUGAACUGGCCUUAGCACUGGACCACCUGCACGGGCUGGGAAUCAUCUACAGGGACCUGAAACCUGAGAACAUCCUGCUGGACGAGGAAGGCCACAUUAAGCUGACAGACUUCGGCCUCAGUAAGGAGUCGAUCGAUCACGAGAACAAGGCGUACUCGUUCUGUGGGACGGUGGAGUACAUGGCUCCCGAGGUGGUGAACCGGCGAGGCCACACCCACAGCGCCGACUGGUGGUCGUACGGCGUGCUCAUGUUUGAAAUGUUAACCGGGACGCUUCCCUUCCAAGGCAAGGACCGCAAAGAGACCAUGACCAUGAUCCUGAAAGCAAAGCUGGGCAUGCCUCAGUUCCUCAGCCAGGAGGCUCAGAGUCUCCUACGGAACCUGUUCAAACGAAACCCUUCCAACCGGCUGGGCGCAGGUCCAGACGGCGUCGAAGAAAUCAAGAGACACCAAUUUUACGCUUCUAUCGACUGGAACAAAUUAUUUCGGCGAGAGAUUCUGCCACCUUUCAAACCUGCAUCCGGGCGACCCGACGACACGUUUUACUUCGACCCAGAAUUCACGGCUAAAACUCCCAAAGACUCACCAGGUGUGCCCCCUAGUGCAAACGCUCAUCAGCUCUUCAGAGGUUUCAGCUUUGUGGCCAUCACCUCAGAGGAGGAAACACAACCGCUGCAGAGCAACAUCAGCUCUAUAAUGCAGCAACUUCACAGGAACACGUCGCAGUUCGGAGACUCGUACGAGGUCAGGGAGGACAUCGGCGUCGGCUCGUACUCCAUCUGCAAGCGCUGCAUUCACAAGAACACCGGCAUGGAGUACGCCGUCAAGAUCAUCAACAAAGCCAAAAGGGAUCCGACGGACGAGGUGGAAAUCCUCUUACGCUACGGCCAGCAUCCCAACAUCAUCACUUUAAAGGAUGUGUACGACGACGGCCGCUCUGUUUUCCUGGUGACGGAGCUGCUGAAAGGAGGGGAGCUGCUGGAUAAGAUCCUCAGACAGAAGUUCUUCUCUGAGAGGGAGGCCAGCGCCGUGCUCUACACCAUCACCAAGACCGUAGAGUACCUUCAUGCGCAAGGGGUGGUCCACAGAGACCUCAAGCCCAGUAACAUUCUCUACGUGGACGAAUCCGGAAACCCGGAGUCCAUCCGGAUCUGUGACUUUGGCUUUGCCAAGCAGCUGAGAGCAGAAAACGGGCUUCUGAUGACGCCGUGCUACACCGCUAACUUUGUAGCACCAGAGGUGUUGAAGAAGCAGGGCUACGAUGCCGCGUGUGACGUCUGGAGUCUGGGGGUCCUUCUCUACACAAUGCUCACAGGCUUCACUCCGUUCGCCAACGGACCCGAAGACACACCGGAGGAGAUUCUGGCUCGGAUCGGCAGCGGGAAGUUCUCGACCACAGGAGGAUACUGGAACUCCGUCUCGGCCGAAGCAAAGGACCUGGUAUCUAAAAUGCUCCACGUAGAUCCUCAUCAGAGAUUAACGGCCGCACAAGUGCUGAGGCAUCCGUGGAUCGUCCACAAAGACCAGCUCCCCAAAUACCAGCUGAACAGACAGGACGCUCCUCAUCUCGUCAAGGGCGCCAUGGCUGCGACGUACUCCGCCUUGAACAGGAACGUUCCCCCCAUUCUAGAACCCGUGGGCUGCUCCAUUCUCGCUCAGCGUCGAGGAGUGAAGAAAGUGACCUCCACCGCACUCUGAAGUUCCGCCUAUUACACCAAGCAACCAACCACAGACCUCACGGCCCGGUGCAAGCACACGGCUCAGCCCCUGCCUGCCUGCCUGCCGCCCAGCCUGACGCACACCUGACACCCAGCCUGCCGCCCAUCCGCCCCUAGACCUAAGGGCAAGCCUGGGCUCUGAGGCCCCCUGGUGGACCAUCCAAAUCUUCCUCAUCCGCCACCGAAGCGGAUCAAUAAAAUCUUUGGGAAAAAAAGCAUCCGGAACAUUCUGUAGACUUUCUUUGGGAAACAAGAGACUGACUCAUGCAUAUGAACUUGUAAUAUACUGUAAUAUUCUUUUUAUAUAAAGCUGGUAGAGAACAAUAUUAUUGUAUUAAAGAGACUGUAUGCUGUCGUGUUAUGAAAUGAGAACAGAUAAACAGAAUUUUCACUAUUUCUCUGCAAAAAAAGAAGCAAAACACACUCCAGAUUAUACACUUGUUACGAAUCGAAUGGUUUUUUUUUUUUUUUUGCAAACCUGAUUUUAUUCUUAUUUUUCUGGGAACAAAAAUCAAGCGUAAUAUUAAAUUCUUUACUUUAUGUUACAGAGAUAUAAACGUCUUUAUGUACCAAAAUAAAAUCAAAGAAUUUUUAUCAAGCUUUAAGGAAAAAAAAACUAAACUCUGAUUGGCUAAGCGUGAGGGUUAUAAAGGAUCUGAAUAUGAAGUUUAGAUGAUUUAGUGAUUAUGAUUACAUGCAGUAAAUAUGUUCAAUUAAACUGUUUUUUUGUACAAAAAAAUGUUUGGAAUUUGCCUUUAAAAGUAUAUCAUUAAAAUUACUUUUGAAUAAUUAAUAGUUUUGAGAUUCAGAAUAAAUAACACAGGGCAAAAAAAAUCACUAGUGAAAUAUGCAGAUUUAUGUAAAUGAUAUGCAAAUUCAGCUCAAGGUCAAACAUCUGGAGAUU